AGACGUUGUGGUGCUUAUGUUCGUCCGUUGGGCCCUCUCCAUUCUUGAGACGCGCACUUCCGGGCGAAGCGGAGUGGAGCUCGAGUCGAAGUGGAGAGUGGAGGGGACGGGAGGGGAGCGGAGGCUCGAAGGCUGGGAUAUACUGCUAGCUCUCGGCGCGAGUGUUGGAAUUUGUAUGCGGGGCGAUUGGGAGUCAUUUAGCGUUGAGUCGUGGCCACCUGGAGGAGGUGAGGGAGGCUAGGAAUGGACUGAUGGAGGAUCACGGGUUCUAGUCAUUCUGGUGUGUGGAAUUGAAGUGGAUGCCGACGCGGCAUCGUUUUUUUUUCUAGCGAGGCCUUGCUGGAGAUUUGAAGAUCGGUAGAGACAGAGAGAGGCGCGAGGUCAUGAGCGGCCAGCAGCAUCGCGCUUCGCGCUGCGUCUUUGUGGGAAAUAUACCGUAUGAUGCAACAGAGGAGCAGCUUGUGCAAAUCUGUGAAGAAGUUGGCCCUGUGGUGUCCUUCCGACUGGUAGUGGACAGAGAUACUGGAAAGCCUAAGGGCUAUGGGUUUUGCGAGUUCAGAGAUGAGGAGACCGCUUUAAGUGCUCGACGUAAUUUACAGGGUUAUGAGAUAAAUGGCCGGCAGCUCCGGGUUGACUUUGCCGAGAAUGAGAAAGGGGGAGGGGGUGUAGAUCGAAGUCGGGAUCAGCAGGGACGUGGUGGACCAGGAUUUCAGCAAGCUGCUUCUAACGUUGAUGUGCUCAAGCACGGGAGUGUUGGAGCUCCUCAGCCUUUCGUCAGUGCCGGAGCGCCUGGUACUUCAGAGCAGCCCAUCGGCCGGGCAGCAGCAUCGCAAGCUGCAUUAAUGAUGGCAGGGGCUCUGGGUGGUGCACAACAACUUCCCAACAUGAUGGUUCCGGCUCAAGGGCCGCUACAAACAAUGAGCGCACCUCCCGCCCUUGUCCCUGGAAAUGGAGGAACAGUCGCAGGAACAGAUGCACUUACCAAUCAUCUGGCUGGCAUGUCCAAGCACCAACUCUAUGAAAUAAUGUCUCAGAUGAAGAUAAUGAUCCAGCAAAACCAGCAGCAAGCACGCCAGAUUCUCGUGGCGAACCCUCAGUUGACCAAAGCUCUAUUUCAGGCUCAAAUUAUGUUGGGGAUGGUGCGACCUCAACAAGUGGUAGCAACUCAGCAACCGCAGACACAACCUGCACCACCUCAACAACCUGCGAGUUUGAUGCAGCAACAACAACCGAGACCUCCCCAACCUCAUAUUCCCCCUCCUGCUCAAAUACAACCUCAGGCUCCAAACAAAUCUACUUUUCAGCCACCUCUACCCCAGCAGCCGCAACUCCAGCAAACUCAGACACAAGUACAGCAACCACAGGCGCAGCCUCAAUCUCAUUUGCCUCAAGGAUUUCAGCAACAGGGAGGAAUGGUUCAAACUAGUAUGGGAAUGACAUUCCAGCCUGGACAACCGCCACCACCUAGCCAGCCUCCACCCCAGCAACUCUACCAGAUGGGUUCAAAUAUGAUGGGGACAACGAUGCAGCGAAUGAGCUCCAGUAGUGGCGGAGUUCCAGUUGGUCAAGGUAACGGCGGAAUUGCUGGUGGUACAGGCACUAUGGGUCCAUCUGGUACGGGGCAGAUGAACCGAGGCCCUGGAUUGGGUGCAAUGGACAACCGUAAUGUACAACUCAAUCAGGUUCCACCAACAUCAGUAACAUCUUCUGGAGUGAGUGGAGUCCUCGCUCAAGCUCCGAUGCCCGUGGCUCAAGCCGGACCCAUGGCCAGCGGGCAUCCCAUGCCGAGUGGGAAUUCCGGAGGAGUCGUUGGGAUGGGCGGAUCAUUACCUAGUAACUUAGCUCCGCCACAAAUGAUGGGAGAUCCAAAUGCCCGAGGCUACUCAGGAAUGGGAGCCAUGAAUACUGGAAUGAAUGCCGGCCUGAACACAGCAGUCAACUCGGGCAUGACACCAUCCAUGAAUUCCAGUAUGAAUCCCGGUAUGAAUACAACCAUGAAUACAACCAUGAAUACGAACUUGAAUUCAGGGAUGAAUCCCCCUAUGAACACAGGCAUGUCACAGAGUUUGAGCACAGGUGUGAAUCAAGGGAUGAAUGCCCUCAUUAAUCCAGGUAUGAAUGCGAACAUGAACUCGGGGUUGAGUGCGCUGAAUCCCGGGAUGGGUUCUAGUUUGAACCAAGGUAUGAACAGCGGUUUAAAUCUUUCACAAAGUGGAGGAUUCGUGGGGACCACGGAUGGAACUGCUGUGACGUCAACCGCAAUGCAGCCUCAGUCAUACUCGCAGGUUCAACUGCAAGCGCCUCCUGCCCCACAGCAACCGCAGAUACAGGUCCCUCUUGAGCUGGAGCAACAGAAGGCUUUAUUGCAACAGGUCAUGAAUCUCACCACGGAGCAGAUUAUGUCCCUCCCUCCCGAACAACGGCAACAAGUACUUCAACUUCAGCAGGCCUUGCGGUAGAUCCAAUUAGAGGUGCUGCUGAAGUAGGUGCACUUAGAUAGGAAUAGUCUAGUACUCAAGUAGGAGUUGCUCAAAUUUUGAUAGUGUGCUCUUACGGGAAGAGAAGUGUCAUCUUUUUGUAGGUUAUAUUUCACAUUGAUGUUGAGUCCUGGCAAGGUCAUACAGAUCCUUGCCCAGCAGUGAGGAAUAUGUGGGUGUAUUGUGAUAGUAUGUGGAUGAUUGAUUGAAGAUGAUCACUACCUGGGACGCCAAAUACGUGCAUGAUUCAACUUUGUCUCACAUUUGUAAAACUCAGAUGAUGUUGUACACGCCUUACCCCCAGCUCCUCUCGCUACGAUUGUGCAACCAAUUUGUCACAACUCUUUUCAGCAGUCUGACAACUUCUCUCAGUAGAGUUAUAAGACUUGUAGUCAGUUACACUUUCCAACUCAGAGCACGGAAAAUACACUAACGAGACCAAAUAAACUCGAGAUUAUUGUUUUUCAUUUACAACCAGCGCUAUUGCUAUAAACGAACGGCUUCUUGUUUCUCAUGUUACAACCAUCAGUGAUGCCGUAAGGAAGACUAGCAGGACCUGAUAUUUUUUGAUCUAAGUCGUAAACUGCUGGCCUUUCACUGAGUUGACGAUGGGGAAACUCUGAUCGAUAACUACUUCGCUAUUGAAUUGGCAGCAGAACUGGAAGGACAAAUCUGUAGCUCAAUCUUUCUCAUUGAAGCUGCCAAUAGACAUGCUCACGGUACUAAUUUUCAAUGUCGAAUGAGCCAACUUCCUAACCAACAACGGACAUCCUUGGACAAACGUUUUCGAUACAAAGUCCGAAGACACUGUACACAGG